AUUUGGAGAUUGCAGUGUUAAUUCCUUUUAAAUUGUUGUGUUUUUUUUCAUAUUAUAGCUCAAAAAUAUAUGGUGAUGGUAAUGCUGUUCCAAGGAUUUUGAAGUUCCUUAAAUCUAUUGACCUCAAAGAGCCAUUGCAAAAGAAAUUCUGUUUUCCUCCUGUCAAAGAUAAUAUCUCUCAAGAUAUAGACCACAUUCUAGAGACACAGAGUGCUUUGGCUGUGGACUUAGGUGGAACAAAUCUCCGAGUAGCAAUUGUCAGUAUGAAGGGUGAAAUAGUUAAGAAGUAUACCCAGCUCAACCCUAAAACUUACGAAGACAGACUAGAUCUGAUUCUAAAGAUGUGUGUAGAAGCUGCAUCGGAGGCAGUAAAUCUGAACUGCAGAAUUUUGGGAGUGGGUAUUUCCACAGGUGGACGGGUAAACCCUCGAGAAGGAAUUGUGCUUCACUCCACAAAACUUAUUCAGGAGUGGAGCUCUGUAGAUCUCAGAACCCCAAUAUCUGAUGCUCUGCACUUGCCAGUCUGGGUGGACAACGAUGGAAACUGUGCUGCUCUAGCAGAAAGGAAAUUUGGUCAUGGAAAAGGAAUAGAAAAUUUUGUAACACUCAUCACUGGUACAGGAAUUGGAGGUGGAAUCAUACAUCAACAUGAAUUGAUCCAUGGCAGUUCUUUCUGUGCUGCUGAGCUUGGGCAUAUUGUAGUAUCUUUAGAUGGACCAGAGUGCCUAUGUGGUAGCCAAGGAUGUAUAGAAGCGUAUGCCUCUGGAAUAGCAUUACAGAGAGAAGCUAAGAAACUGCAUGACGAGGAUCUGCUUUUAGUAGAAGGAAUGUCAAUGAAGAAUGAAGAGGUUGUUAGUGCUGCACAUCUCAUUCAAGCAGCUAAACUUGGAAACACAAAGGCAGAAAGCAUUCUCAGAACAGCUGGUACAGCAUUAGGACUUGGAGUUGUGAACAUUCUGCACACCAUGAACCCCUCCCUUGUGAUCCUUUCUGGAGUUCUAGCCAGCCACUAUAUUAAUGCUGUCAAAGAUGUGAUACAUCGACAGGCUCUGUCAUCUGUUAAAACUGUGGAUGUGGUGGUCUCAAAUCUAGCAGACCCUGCUCUUCUUGGAGCUGCUAGCCUGGUACUGGAUUAUACUACCCGUAGAAUAUACUAGGUGCCUGGAAGAAUUACAGAAAUGAACUAUUCAUAUUCCUUAUGGGUGGAGGGAAUACUUUGCCCAAAAUCUUUUUUUGACCAGAGCAGCUACAGAAUCAGAGUAAUGAUGUUCUAAAUAGUUAGUGACUACUUCGACAUUUCCUAAUUGAGGUAUUAGCUUUUUGUAGUUUUUCUAAAUUUCAUCAAAAUUCGUAGGAACUAUUGUGCAAUUCUGUUGAUUUUAAUCACCUCAAAGCCCAGAUGUUGCUUAAAGUGUAGCUGAAUUAUUUAUGAGCGUAUCUUGAUGUAAGGUAGGGAAUAUGUGUAUUGUGUCAAAUUAUAGCUAAUACUUGGGGAUCCAGUUCUCAUUUUUCACCUUUGUGAAAUGAGAAGUCUACAAUGUGACCAGCUUUUCGAUUUACAGGUUUCCACCCACACAGUAAAUAGGAUACAAUCACCAACAGCAGGUGUUAGUUUCUGUAAGUGGAAACAACAGGAGGUGCCUCCGCAAACAAAGCUCUAUUUAGAAGUGGUUUGUGAAGGACUUGGAGGAUACAGUUAUUUAUUACAUCGCCAUUAGAGGGCAGAGUCCCAUUUUAGUAGCUUUGCAUAUGAAGGAGAAAGACAGUUGUCUCGUGAGCUUGCAGGCUGCAAGAGCAGUCCAAACAAACUGACAAGUGUAGCAGUGUUCACCUUUGUGUUCUGGCUACAGCCCGCAGUAAGUAUUUUUAUUUUUGAGGUUGAAUUUCAUUUUAAUGGGUAUUCUCGAGGGACUUAGUCUACCACUUUGUCUCCCAAAUUAGCAGAGGGGACUUUAUUCUUCAGUGGCCAGUUAUCUGACAGGCAGUAACAUGGUAUAUAUAAGCAUAAAGACUGCCUUUUGAGAAAUCUCAUUCACUGCAGAGUGACUUAGCGCAUCUCCUCAGCAGUGCUGGGGAUGCAGGUGAAGUGUCAGUGAUGUCCUGCAUUUACCAUCAUCUCAUAGGAUGGAAAGUUAAAUCUGAGCCUCGUCCUCACAUUUAUUAGCCUUGGAGCAGCUAACCUUAAAGGCUUGCCUUAUUAAAAAACAGUUUAUAUGACACUCUGGAAAUUUUUACAGCAAACAUUCUGAGAGAGAGAGAGGGCUUUUCUGGGACCUGCAUAGAGGCCGAAGAUCACACAGUGUACUGUGUACAUUUAAGGAAGGCAGGUUUCUUUAGCUUUAAGUCUUUAUUUGAUACAUAGUUCUGUCUCUAUUGAUCUGCUUUUUGGCAUGCUUUCAAGAUACUGUAAUACUGACAAUUACUUGACACAAGAAGAAACUUAAAAACAGGACAAUGUAAGUGGUCAGCUAUCCCAGAAAGAAGACAGCAGCCAGAGAAACAAUCUUGUAUCCUGGCAUUUAAUGAAUCAUCUACUCCAUAGUAAGGAUAUACUGGCUCUUAACCUUUGCUAAGUUGCAUCAGGCUUAAUGUGUUCCUUUUCAUUAGUGCCUGGAUUUAGUUGAUGGGUCCCUUCACUAACUAGACUAGACUAGACUAACUUCAGUAACUUCAGUACUAGAGCAGUAGCUCCAUGAGAAGGUCAAGGAGUCUGUUUUGAUCUACAGUGACAACAGCUCAGGGUGGGGAUAAUAGUAUUGAGGUUCUAGCAGAGAGAAUACCUAUCGUUUGACCUUUCCAUCCCCCCAGCAUCACAAGGACUGUUUGAUAAAAAGUGGGACCAGGUUUUGCUCUCCAGACUUCCCAAUGCUGUUUCCCUUUUGACAUCUCAGAUAAAAUUUCUCCUUAGCAGCUGAAGGGAGAUGGCAGGCACUGACAAAAUAUGAAAGAUGUUUAAACAUUUCAAAACAUUUGAUAAAAUAAAGCAAAAGUCUAUUUUCUUUAAGAAAACAAUUAUUAAAAUGUUUUUGAAGUUGUUUUUUUCUGGCAACUGGACAAAACCAGCUGCAAAGGGGCAAGUGGUGCAGAAGAAGUCCUUGGUUUUCCUGAGACAGUUGUCAGUUUAUAAAAUUAAAAAGAUGUUCAUAUUUAAAAGUG